CACAUUUUACUCCAUUUGCCUGCCAGCUAGCGAGGGUUCCACAGCAGAGACAUGUCGGGCUAACACUAACAUAUAACUCCACAUUACACAUAAACAGACAUGUUUUGCGAGCCCACUACAGGAAUUUUCACGGUGCGACUCGUUGCGUGACGUUUUGGCGAGUGAGUGCUUUUUUUAAAUUUAUUUAAAGGAUGGAGCAGCCUACCUUUAAGAAGAAGAACAUGGACGUUUGUCUACGCAGGCUGAAGCAGGAACUGGUGUCCAUGAAAGAAGCAGGAGAUGGUCUCCACGCUCAGAUGAAUUCGAUGAUGGGAGCCCUCCAAGAACUCAAGCUCCUUCAGGUCCAGACAACUCUCGAAAGUCUCAGCCUGUCCGCUCGACCGGUCCUAAGAGGUGGAACCCAUCACCGGGACACACCAGUUUCUGGCACAACGUCCACAAGCGCUUCAGUCGGAGAUCAAAGGUUGUCUGACACACUCAGCCUGAGUCCGGACACUUCCAUGGAGUUCGGGGCCACGUUUUCCAGAGAUGGACAAAGUAGAUACAGCACUGAAGAGACUUUGUCUUCUGGAUCCAGUCUGGAGUUGGAUAGAGUAACGCAAAGCGAGAAUAACCAGGAGGCGUUACCAAGGAGGUGGUCAGGCUACAUGGCACCACAGGUGGACUUCUAUGGGCCAGUGGUGGGGACACCUCCUCCAGAACCAUACGUCCAACCCCAGGCUCCUCUGCGUUCACAGGAGGUGGAUCUGCCAAACAUCCUCAGCAGACUCUCCAGGGAAGGUCCAUCAUUGGACAACAACUGCUCCCAGGACGGUGUUGAUGAUGCUGGCGACUGGACUUCCUCGCUCAUGAGCCGCACUCGCAACCGCCAGCCUUUAGUGCUUGGAGACAACAUCUUUGCCGACCUCGUAGGCAAUUGGCUGGACUUGCCAGAGGUAGAGACGGAUGUGGGGAAGGAGGAGACAAGGAUGAAGAGGGAGGUGGAGAUGCCAGACGAAAGCUCCGACAUACCGGACGCUCUGGCUCACCCACUCCGUCUUAGCCGCUCUCAGGAAUUCUGCCGGAAGUUCUCGCUCACCACAAACAUCUUCAAGAAGUUCUUCCGCAGCGUUCGACCAGACCGGGACAAGCUGCUGAAGGAAAGGCCCGGCUGGAUGGCGCCUGAGCUCCCAGAGGGCGACUUCUUCAAACGGCCCAAAAAGAUGGCUUCCAAAAGCAGCCAGAAAGGAAGCUUCUACUUGCCGUUCUGGGCUAACAGCGGGCCACAGGGUAAAGGGCGGUUGGGUCACACUGAAACUCUGACAGAACAAAAUCACUUCCACCAUGUCCACGACAAACCUUUCGCAGGGAUUUAUUUAGACCGAAGACAGCCAGAGACUAGUUUGAGGAAAGGGCAGCCAUUGUUUGACAACAACAAAGCUGUGUGGGUUUAACGGACCAGCCUGUACCAGGAGCAAACUUCACAGCCACAGCAUCUAGACCCUGCAUCAUGAGGGCGACGUUUCUAUCUGACAAUCCUAAAACCAUGAACAUCUUUUACCAGGGAGUGUUAAAGACAUUUUUGUACCAGCCAAAGUUUCUCUGACUGGAACAUCUCAAAUGGUACUUCAAGGACUCUUACCAAACAGUCCUGUCUGUGUACGCACAAACAUUCUAUUCGGGUCCAACACAAGUUCAUGUCUACCAGCUAACCCCCUCUGCAUGUCGGUAGAAAGAAACUGUUUGGUUAAGGACCUACAUUCAAACCUAAAGGUGAUUGGAUGACGGUUGUUUGGGUCGUAUCCAUUAUCUAAUCAGAUCAACUCGUUAAAAAGUACAAGGUGCUAGUUUUUGACAGGUAGCUUUUUCUCCAACGAUGCUAUUGUCUAUAAGUAACCAUAUCGGGAGAUUCUCUGCAGAUAAUUUUACUUCCCCAAGUAUUUCUGCCUUACAGAAAACUGGAAAAUUGGACCUUUCUUACCUUAGACUAUAAAAAGAACCCGAGAUCAGAGUUGCUACUAGGAAACUCGGGUGUAUAAAUGGCCAAAAAUGCCGUAAAAGAUUAUUUUAACGUUUUUAACUCCAUGCAAGGGAAGUGGCCCAACCUCUACUCUACAUUGUUUGCUGAAAUUUAAAGACUGCCCAAAAGAAGUAAGAUCGCGAUGGUCAGCCAUGUUUUCUUUUUGUAUACUUUGGCCAGGACUACUUUGACAAUAAGGCCUGGUAAGAUGUGAGAGUGAUAUAUGGGUAUAAGAAAUGCCUCCUGGUCGAAAAGUACGGUUAGGAACAUGUAGCUUCCGAGCUCCAAGGGAUGUAAACAAAGUAAGAUAGCGAUGGUCAACCAUGUUUUUUUCCGUUACUUUGGCCAGGACUACUUUGACAAUAAGGCCUGGUAAGGUCUGAGAGUGAUAUCUGGGUAUAAGAAAUGCCUCCUUGUCGAAAAAUACGGUUAGGAACAUGUAGCAACCGAACUCCAAGGGAUGUAAACAAAGUAAGAUAGCAAUGGUCAACCAUGUUUUUUUCCGUUACUUUGGCCAGGACUACUUUGACGAUGAGGUCUGAGAGUGAUAUCUGGGUAUAAGAAAUGCCUCCUGGUCGAAAAGUACGGUUAGGAACAUGUAGCAACCGAGCUCCAAGGGAUGUAAACAAAGUAAGAUAGCGAUGGUCAAGCAUGUUUUUUUCGUUACUUUGGCCAAGACUACUUUGACGAUGAGGCCAUCUAAGGUCUGAGAGAGAUAUCUGGGUAUAAGAAAUGCCUCCUGGUCGAAAAGUACGGUUAGGAACAUGUAGCAACCGAACUCCAAGGGAUGUAAACAAAGUAAGAUAGCGAUGGUCAACCAUGUUUUUUUCCGUUAUUUAGGCCAGGACUACUUUGACAAUAAGGCUUGGUAAGAUCUGAGAAUUAUAUCUAAUAUAAGAAAUGCCUCUUGGUUCCAAAAGUACGGUUAGGAACAUGUAACAACCGAGCUCCAAGGGUUGUAAACAAAGUAAGAUAUCGAUAGUCAAGCAUGUUUUUUUCGUUACUUUGGCCAGGGCUACUUUGGCGAUGAGGUCUAAGAGAGAUAUCUGGGUAUAAGAAAUGCCUACUGGUCAAAAAGUACGGUUAGGAACAUGUAGCAUCCGAGCUCCAAGGGAUAUAAACAAAGUAAGAUAGCGAUGGUCAACCAUGUUUUUUUCCGUUACUUUGGCCAGGACUACUUUGACAAUAAGGCCUGGUAAGGUCUAACAGUGAUAUCUGGAUAUAAGAAAUUCCUCCUGGUCGAAAAGUACGGUUAGGAACACGUAGCAACCGAGCUCCAAGGUAUGUAAACAAAGGUCAAAAACUGCGGCUUUGACCAAAAUUGCCAAUGUUUUGGGAGGCUACGAGCUCGGUGUCGUCAAAGGAUAGCAGAAGCCGCACGUUCAACUUGUUUGUGUUUUUGUUAGUAGGGUAAACAUGGCAGACCCAACCACUGACUGCCAUCUGCCAUUACAAAUAUUUAUUUAAAAAAAAACAACAACAAUAAAUUACCCUUUGUGUACAUAUUUGUCAUCAACAGCUAUUGAACACUAAACUAAAUAUCCCAUCUUUUUCACACUUUAGCAUUAUUGUCUCAACACUGCCAGCACUUGGACCACCGAAUACGUAAGACAAUCUGAAGCACUCGUCAUCUAAGUUAUUCAUAUUUUCCAAUUGGAGUAGCCAAGAAAGAUAAGGAGCAUCUUUGUGGCUCAGUCUCACGUCACACACACUUCCCUUCACAAGGCCCACGUUUUAACACAUGCGAAAAUAAUUGUUGUGUGUUUUUUUUUACGUCCUCAAGAUGUGGUUGUUGUUUUUUUUAUUCCUCAGUUAUGCAAAUUGUUACUGGAGAUUCUGUCAUGUGUUUUGUAAACUCUUUUGAAUACAAUAAACCUGCUUUCAGAAACAA